UAAUUGAAUGCCGCCGUGCGUGAGCGUGGACAUCCCGUUUUCGCGGGCGAAUUCCAUCGCAUUUGAAUGCAGCGUUAUCAUUGGACCAAAAAAUAUAAUGAAACGCCGGUGUAAACGGUAAACAAAUCCGUGUGGUCUGCCUGGUGUGAGAAUUUUCAAAUUCUCAAUCAUUUUAUUAACGACUGCUCGUCGAGUUUCGCCGAUUUCCUCGAGAUUGUCAGGUGUGAUCAGGAAAAUGAGCGGAAUCCCAAAGAAAAUUGGCACCCACAACGGUGUUUUCCACUGCGACGAAGUUGUUGCUUGCAACCUUCUCAAACGUCUUCCAGAGUAUAAGGAUGCUGAAAUUGUCAGAACGCGAGACCCUAAAAUUUUGGAAACCUGCGACAUUGUGGUGGACGUUGGAGCUGUCUUUGACCACGAAAAGAAACGAUAUGACCAUCACCAGAGACAGUUCAACGAGACCAUGAAAAGUUUGAGGCCCAACAAGCCUUUCGAAAUCAAACUGAGCAGUGCAGGACUGGUCUACUGCCACUACGGAGAGCAGAUUCUCAGGGACAUGAUCGGCAAGGACAACGAGAAGUUGUUGGACAUCUUGUUCAACAAAAUUUACGAGACCUUUAUCAUGGAAAUCGACGGCAUCGACAACGGCGUCAACAUUUGCGACGGAGAGCAAAGGUACAAGAUUCACACCAACCUGAGCUCCAGGGUGAGCCACCUGAACCCUCGCUGGAACGAAACAGACUACGACGAGAACGCCCUGUUCAGGUCCGCCAUGGCUGUGGUUGGCCGUGAGUUUGAUGACCGCGUCAGCUACUUCUUGAAUGGAUGGUGGCCUGCCAGGUCGAUUGUGCAGGAGGCGAUGGACGCAUGUGUCAACAGUACUGACCCGAAAAUGAAGCAGAUCGCUGUAUUGAAGCAGAGCUGUCCUUGGAAGGACCACUUUUACACGAUUGAGGAGGAACUUCAGAUCAACGGACAAAUCAAGUUUGUUCUUUAUGAGGAUAACAAUAAGUCGUGGAGGGUGCAGGGCAUUCCGGAUGGAAAUCCACAGUCUUUUGACCUCAGGCUGCCACUGAUGGAGGAGUGGAGAGGCGUUCGAGACGAAGACCUGUCCAAUGUUGCAGGCAUCAAGGAUUGUGUGUUCGUUCAUACCAGUGGAUUCAUUGGCGGAAACAAGACUUUUGAAGGUGCUGUCGAAAUGGCGUGGAGAACCAUCCAGAAAAGUGCUAGUGCUUAAUAAAGGUAAAUCGUUUUUGUUUGUACAAA